AUGCUUGCAUCUCAACAAACACAACAAUGGUCAAAUCCAGCAGAUUAUAACUAUGAUCGGCCACCAAAAUCUGCCAGCCGAAGAAAUAAUCCAGAAGGACGAACUCUUUUAACAGGACCUAUUCCAGCAACACCAGGCUAUGAAAACGAUGAUCGUCCAGCUAGUGCGCAAGGUAUUAUUCGAGUUCAUGGUUCCGAUGCAAAAGCAAUUUAUAAACGAGGAACACAUGGUACGGGUGUUCCAUUUCUAUUUGAAAUUCAAGGAACGAGUCUUCUAUCAAGCCAAGGAAGCGCAGCAAAACCGCCUAAAAAUCAUUUCAAUGAAAAUAUGAAACGAAUUCGACAUGUUAUGCGAGAAUCACGAGAAAGACAAUUUUCUAAAGAACAAAAUAAGCCAAUACCUGUUAAAGCACUUUGGCAUUCGAAACAAUACGAUAAUGUACAAUCGAAAGUAAAACAAAGAUUAGAUGAAGAAACGCAUCGUUCAUCAGCUCGACCUCAAUCAGCUCGACCUAAUUUUCUUCAUGCACAUGCAAAUACAGGACCAGAAUACGUUCGAUCUCAAUCAGCAGCUGGCUCUCGUCGAGCUUCAAUGUCUUCAUCAGUUGAUUUAACUCGAUCACAGAUUGAUAAUAACACAAAACUUGAUUAUGUUAAAAUUAAUUCACAAUGGGUAAAGAGUAUUCCUAAAGUACGUAAACCAAUGAGUGAAGAACUAGUCGAACAAGUACGAACGAAAAAUGAACAAAAAAUGAAAGAAUAUCAUGAAAAACAAAAAGGACGCGUGCCUGAUUAUAUCGAAAAAAUAAAAGAGCAACGAACACAAGAACUAUAUAAUGAACGUGCCAAUGCACCCGAUCCAGAUUGUCCUAUUGGUCACGUCAGAAUUGAUGAAGAGAAACGUUUGUCAACAUUACGACAACUUGAACUAACUCGUGCUGAAUUCGAAAAGAAGAUGAGCCACUUACCUAUACGCAAUGAUUCAUUGACACUUCGACGAGCCAAAGAAGAACUUGAAAAGAAAAUUAUUGAAGCAGACGAAGCAAUUAAAAUAUUUUCUAAACCAAAAGUAUUCAUGAGAAGUGAAGAAUGA